AUGAAGCCAGUUGUGGGGGUGGUGGUCUCAAACAAGAUGCAGAAAUCGGUAGUGGUGGCAGUUGACCGUCUUUUCCAUCAUAAGCUCUUCAAUCGGUAUGUUAAAAGAACUAGCAAAUUCAUGGCACACGAUGAGCAAAACGAGUGCAACAUUGGUGACCGGGUGCAUUUAGGACAAAGAGAAUUAAGACUAAUUGUUCUUUUUCCCGUUGCUGAUUUAGGUCCUCUUUUGUAUGUGGAUUGUUAUACUGCCAUUUCUCUGUUUGAGGUUCGACUGGAUCCCUCAAGGCCACUCAGUAAACGAAAAAAUUGGACUGUAGCUGAGAUUCUGAAGAAAGCACGGAUAUAUACACCACCACCAUCAGCAGGCAAAUUUCCUCGAUCAAACAGCAAUACUGAAGCUUCCUCAACUCCUUCAGUAUAA